UUUUCUUAGCACCUUCUUCAUUUAACCCAGACUUAUUGUUUUGUUUUGUUUUCCAGAUCUUUCUCCCAGUUCUUGUAGCUUCUCCUCGUGUCUCAGCUACUCUCCCUCCUUCCUUGUUCUUACAUUGCUCUUUCCCAAGGCGCAGGUCUGCCAGACACACCAUGAUGAGGGUACUGGGUCACCUGUCCCUCUGUUUCCUCUGAUUUGGCUUUUCUGAAUCUGAUUUUAUUUUUCCUCUUCGCCUCUUGCCUCCUUCCCUUUUAUUUUGACUUUUUCCUUCUCUCUAUUCUGUGUCUUCCUUCUUCUGCUUUUUGUCCCCUCCAGGAGGGCUUCCCCUUUGCUGGAAUUCUCAGUCAGGGAGCAGGUACUGGAUUCUUUUUCCCCUCCAGGGUGCCUGGGUCCCACCCACAGCCUUUUGAUCACUCCCAGAGAAGGGUGACCUUGGAGGGAGGUGGUGAAGACAGAGACAGCCAAGGGCCAGCAGAGGCAGGCUAGAAAGCUCAGAAUCAUUGAGUUCAUCCUCCCCCCCCCCAUCUCCCUGGAUGGGCCCAGCUAUCCCAACCCCCUUCUGCAAUGCUAAGGCUUUGGAGUUAUCUCAGAUCGCCAAUUAAUCUGCCUUCCCCUGGGUGCACAGGGCCUUGUCUCCUACAUGCGCACUUGGUCUGUGUGUGUGUGUGCUGACAUCCAUGAAAGUGUACAUGUCCUGGAGAGGUUGUGUGUGUGUGUGCCUGGGGGACCUGCAUCUGCUUUGCAAGAGGGGAGGGAAGUGCUUGAUGCCCAAGAGACCCGGUUUCUCACAGUUGGGGGCCGGGGGGAAUUCCUCACUGUCAGAAGUACCUGUUGGGUGUCUUUCUUACUUAGAGCCCUGUGAUGUCAGUGGUGCUUACCCCCACCCCCACCCUGUGCUCUCCUACAGAUAAGCAGGCCGUGGGGCCCACAGACACAUCUCACACAGUUUCUGAGUGGCACAGAGCACGUCCCUGUGCCCUGUUGUAUGCCAGAAGCAGCAUGGUCUUCAGAGCGCCAUGGGGCCUGACAGAGUGACAGCCCGGGAACUGUGCGAGAACGAUGACCUGGCCACCAGCCUUGUUCUUGACCCCUACCUUGGCUUCCGCACGCAUAAGAUGAAUGUCAGCCCCGUGCCCACACUGAGACGACAACACCACCUCCGAUCCGCACUGGAAGCCUUCCUACGACAGCGGGACCUGGAGGCUGCCUACCGGGCCUUGACACUGGGAGGCUGGAUGGCCCACUACUUCCAGAGCCGGGCCCCUCGGCAGGAGGCGGCCCUCAAGACCCACAUAUUUUGCUACCUCCGCGCCUUCUUGCCUGAGAGCGGCUUCACCAUUCUGCCCUGCACCCGCUACUCCAUGGAGACCAAUGGGGCCAAGAUCGUGUCUACCCGUGCUUGGAAGAAGAACGAGAAGCUGGAGCUGCUGGUAGGCUGCAUCGCAGAGCUGCGCGAGGAGGACGAGAACCUGCUCCGGGCCGGGGAGAACGACUUCAGCAUCAUGUACUCCACCCGAAAGAGGAGCGCCCAGCUCUGGCUGGGCCCGGCCGCCUUCAUCAACCACGACUGCAAACCCAACUGCAAGUUUGUGCCCUCAGAUGGGAAUACUGCCUGUGUGAAGGUGCUCCGGGACAUCGAGCCAGGGGACGAGGUGACGUGCUUCUACGGGGAGGGCUUCUUCGGUGACAAGAAUGAGCACUGUGAAUGCUACACCUGCGAGAGGAAAGGUGAGGGAGCGUUCAGACUUCGGCCCAGGGAACCCGAGCUUCGGCCGCAGCCCCCGGACAAGUACGCGCUCCGAGAGACAAAGCGGCGUCUGCAGCGGGGCCUGGACAGCAGCCAGCAGAGCCUGCUGGGGCUGCGGGUCUGCUCCCACCUGUCGGCGUCCCGCCGCCGCCACCGCCGCCGCCGCGGGGACCCGCUCUGUGCUGCCUGCCGGCCGCCAUGCCUGCUGCCCGCCGGCCCCCACUUGGACUCCUUGCCCCUCUGGCUCCAGUGGAUGCCUCAGCCCCAGCCCCGAGUCCGUCUCCGGAAGCGCCGCCGCCGCCGCCGCCGCCGCCCCGGGACCCGCCCGGCCUCCCGGCCCCCUACCCUCCAUGCUGUCUCUGUCUCCCUGCACCGCUGGGGAGGCUGUGGACCCCACUGCCAACUCCGGGCUGAGGCCACGGUGGCCCUCCGCGUGCUGCCCGAGAGCCACUGGACCCUUCGACAGGACUGGUACUGGGCCCGGCGCUACGGGCUGCCUUCGGUGGUGCGUGUGGACCUUACCCGCCUGGCCCCAGCCCUACCAGCCGCUCCUGCCCCUGCUGGGAGCCCAGCCCCCGUCGCCACCCCCGACCUCGUCCCUAAGCAGGCCCUUGCCUUCGCUCCUUUCUGCCCACCUAAGCGCCUCCGGCUAGUGGUCAGUCACGGUUCCAUUGAUCUGGACAUCAACAGUGGUGAGCCAUGAUGGGCUGCCUGCAGCGAGCCCAGAUUGGACCCCUCCAGAAGGAAGGAAGGAGUUGACCCUUGACCCAGGUCUGGUCCUGGGAGUGUGCUCUUUAGGACAUCCCUAGGGAGUUGAUCCUUUUGCUCCAUGACUGCUGACCCCUGAGCCAACCCCACCCAAGCAGGGAGCCCUGGCCAUUUGAUGUCCUCCUCCCCAUCCCUGCCCCCACCUCAGGACUGUCGGAGCCACCCCCUCCCCUCAGCCUCUUCUCCCCAGGGAGCAAAGCCAUAAGGGGUAGGGGGCCUCUCCAUGGCAACUCCCCAGAAGCUCAGGCCUCAGGAGGUGGAGCUGACUUGGGAGUGUGCCCUCCCAGGCUGCCCCCACAGUGGGGAGUGGUUGGCUCAGCUCUGCAGUUGUUGGAGGCAGGGGCAGUCAGAUGGGGUGGGGGGUACCCAGGGGCACAUCCUUGGCCCCGCCCCAUGGGUCUCAGGGAGGCCAGGUAUGACCUCAUCUUUCUCACGGUGCUAUCCCUGGUGCUACUGGGGUGUGGGGAGGCUCGCUCUCCUCCCCACACCAGAAUGGGGUGUGGUGGGGGAUUGGAAGAACUUGAACUUUUUAUUAAAACCUUCUAAGCCCUUA